UGAACGUGGAAGAGCCAGCGGAAGACAAACUCUUACUGAUAAUGAUGUCGAGGAAACUGUUAAAUCCUUUUUGUCGAUAAAUCUUCAGUUCUUGCUCUCUCUCGGACAUACACAAAGCGCUCGAAAGCCUCAUCUCACGUCCUCUAAAAAAAAACACUCCUUUCCGUCAGGUGUCUCUUCGCGCUGUUUUGGUCGUGGUCGCCGCAGCAUUCCUGCGUCGUUUUGCACUCGCAAACGGUUCUUUCGAGAUCGAGGUCGGAGUUUGGGUCGGUGUUGUGCGCGUUAACGAUGGUGGUGCCUCUGGGUUCAAUUUACAGAGUGGCUGUCUGUGUCGUUCUUGUCGUGAUUUGCUAUGCGGUCUUCGAGUGUGAUGCUCGACUCUUGCCGCAAGAUGAAGUUGAUACACUAAAAACAAUUGCCAUGAAAAUGCAAAACAAAUAUUGGAAUGUAACCAAAACAUCAUGCAGUGAUGGUAUAGGUCUAAACGUGACGACCUUGCCUUUAGGAAUGACAAGCACUGUGACUUGCGAUUGUUCCUUCGUUAACGGCACAGUUUGCCAUGUCACGAGAAUCAAGUUGAAGGGACUUAAUUUGACAGGGAUUUUUCCUGAUGAAUUUGGCAACCUUACUUACCUAAGAGAAAUAGACUUCACUCGUAAUUACAUUAGUGGAUCUCUCCCCACGACUCUUACUCAGAUACCACUUACCAUUUUAUCAGCACUUGGAAAUCGCAUAAGUAGUAUUCCCAAGGAAAUUGGCAACAUAAGCAUGCUGAAGGAGCUUAUCCUAGAGGACAACUUGCUUGAAGACACUCUUGAGCCAAACAUUGGCAACUUGAGCCGCUUAAGGAAACUCCGGGUGUCUGCUAAUAAUUUCGUGGGCACAAUACCUGAAUCCUUUGGCAAUUUGAAGAACUUAGAAACUUUAUGGAAGCACAUUAUCAGGAAAGAUACCUGAUUUUAUUGGGAAUUGGACCAAAAUUACAAGAUUGGAUAUACAAGGCACAUCUAUGGAGGGACCUAUUCCUUCAAGUAUAUCUUUGUUGAAAAACUUGAUGGA